UACGACCCAGUGGCCUCGGUCCGCUCUGAUCUGGACGUUUGCAGCCGCGUCCAAAAGACCUCACCUCGCAAGAAGUCUUCGCCUUCUCCCCCGCCUCUCGCCGCGACUCUGCUCCGACUCCACCAUUAAUACCCCGGGACCUUCUCCACGCCUCCUCAUCAAGCUACCCAUCCGCCUCUCCCAAGCUCAGAUCGACUCAGAGGGCGGACGCGCGCAGCAGCCAUGGGGCAGCGUGACUGCUGCGACUGCGACUACGACGACUGCUGCAACUGCAGCUGGACAGCAAUCAUCAUCUGGGUCGUCGUCGGCAUCGUGCUCACAGUCGUCCUCAUCGUCCUCAUCCUCGCCUUCGCCGUCAUCAAGCCGCCCAAAGCCACCGCCGACGACGCCCUCCUCACGCGCUUCUCCCUCGCCCCGUCCCCCAACGCCUCCACGCCCCAGCUCCAGCUCCUCUCCUACAACGCCACCGUCACCAUCUCCCUGCGCAACCCCAACAUGUACUACGGCAUCAGCUACAGCGACCUGGCCACCGUCUUCUCCUUCAACGGCACCAAGUUCGACGAGGGCGGCACCGUCCGGGCCUUCGACCAGGGCGCCAAGAAGACCACCGCCGUGCGCCUAACGGUGGGGGGAGUCGCCAAGGCCCUGCCCAAGCUUUCGGCGGCCGGCCCGGCGGAGUUCACCAAAGAAAAGGAGGCGGGGCAUUUCCAGAUCGAAGCUAGGCUAGACGGCGUGAUGCAGUACAAGGGCCGCAGCAAGAAAUGCCCCGUCGCCGUCAUCUGCCCGCUCAAGCUGCAGCUCGUCGACCCGGACGUGGCCGCCACCGCCUUCCAGCAGACCAAGUGCACCAUCCUCAGGGCCAAGACCUCCGGAUGCUAGCCUAGGUCCUAGCCGACGCAUUGAUUGCUUUCAUUUGAUUCGCUUUCCUGCUGUACAAAGAGCAUCUUAAAUAUUACUCUAUCAGGUUUCAUUUGUUGGAGUAGAGGUUGCUGUUGUACAAAGCUUGGAAUAUGCCAGUAGAUGAUCAAACCGGUUGCUCUGUGA